AUGAUAGAAAAGAAUUUCAAUCCAAAGAUUAAGCUAUUAAUUCAAUCAUUAGUUCUUAAAUGCAGCAACACUAAGAUUUAAUAUACUCUACUUUUUCAUAAAUUACAACAUCAACCAUAAAGCCCCUCACUGGAAAUUAUAAGGUUAAUAAAAAUAAAAUAGAUGUUGAAUCAUAAAUUUAAUAAUCCUUCUCCUCUUAAUCAUAAAUUGUCACCCUGUAGUUAUAAAUUAAUAAGUUCAUUUUACCUUAAACUUUCAAGCCAUUUAGUUUUGAAUUAAUCUCCUAAAUUUUAAGCAUUUGUAUUUAAUAAUGACUCAUCAAUUUUAGGUACUGGAUAAAGUGGUGGAUCAAUAAAGGGCUUCAAAUUCAAGGAAAGAGCAUUCAAGUAAUAUUUAAUGUGUAUAUUUUAUGUAAAAGGCUUUCUCUUUUUUUAUAUGUUGGUGAUGAUAAAUAUAUAAUAAUCUGGAGUGUGAAUAAAUCAUAAAUGAGAAGGUCUACUAAUAGAAUUUAGUGUUUAAUUAUGAACAAUUAAGAAUAUUUUAUCAUAUCUGGUAGUAGCGAUAAUACUAUUAAAUUUUAGGUUUAAGAAUUAAUAAUGGAAAUGCAAUUAGACAUUAUCCAAUAAUACCUGUAGUAUUAGAUGUUUAUCAUCGAACAUAUCAUAAAAUUAGUUAAUAUCAGGUGGUAAGUGGUGAGGAUAAACUAUCAUUAAUAAUCUCAUUAGACAAUAAUAAAAGAUGGAAAACAAUCUAAAAGAUAUCAGUUUAAAAGUAUGGAUUUAGUUUAUGAUUAAAUGCUCUCAUUUAAACCUGAAACUUUCAAUAUGGUGCAUAUCUAUGAUAUAAGAAAAUAAAUUCUACUUAAUAAGAAUGGAAAAAAUGUAAAUUUAAUUAGACUUCAUUGA